AUCUUAGUGGAUUUUAUUCUAGGGUUACAUAAGAGGCUGUGUGAGGGUGUUUUCCUGCUAGUGCCAGUGCCUUCACUUGUUUGUUGUCGUUGGAAACCAAAACCCUAGCAUCCGGCAACAAUGGCAGACGUUGAGGUUGAUGUGGCGGCAGGAGCACAGCCGAAGAAGAGAACAUUCAAGAAGUUCAGUUUCAGAGGCGUGGAUCUGGACGCGCUUCUUGACAUGUCCACUGAUGAACUUGUCAAGCUCUUCAGUGCCCGUGCUCGUAGAAGGUUUCAGAGAGGGCUUACCAGAAAGCCCAUGGCCUUGAUUAAGAAGCUUCGCAAAGCGAAAAGGGAGGCACCGGCAGGUGAGAAGCCAGAGCCCGUGCGUACUCAUCUGCGUAACAUGAUUAUUGUCCCUGAGAUGAUUGGUAGUAUCAUUGGAGUGUACAAUGGCAAGACCUUCAAUCAGGUUGAAAUCAAACCCGAAAUGAUUGGCCAUUAUCUCGCCGAAUUUUCAAUUUCAUACAAACCUGUCAAGCACGGUAGACCCGGUAUUGGUGCCACUCACUCGUCUAGGUUCAUUCCUCUCAAGUGAAAACAGUCAUGCUUUAGUAAUUUCGUGCGACCUAUUGGAUUUUGUUUGUUAUUUAAGUGUUUUAUUUUCAGUUCCUUAUUGUAUGGUUUAUCCUGACUUGAUUCCAUAUAUCAACAUUGUAGUUUGUUUUAUUUUCACAACUUGUUCAUUUAAAGCAUGGAUUUAUCGAUAUAGUCUUUUAAAUUUGAUU